ACGCCCUCACUAGUCACUGCUGCGUUUACUUCAUCGUCGUGAAACGCUGAAGUAAGUCACCGGACUUUGCUUCGAAGCUCGAACUCGCUGACCUUAUCGCCCUCCAGGGAAAAAGGGCAGAUUUUGAAUGAAAUGUCAGCUUUUUCUUCGCAAAAGGUCGAAGAUUCGCUUCCUGAAGGCCGACCAGUUAAUGUGUAUAUCUGGGACAUGGACGAGACUCUUAUCUUACUUAAAUCUCUGUUAAAUGGAACAUAUCCAGAGUCUUUUAAUGGCUCCAAAGAUGUGAAAAAGGGUGUAGAGAUUGGAGAAUUGUGGGAGAAACACAUACUUCAGAUGUGUGAUGAAAGUUUCUUCUACGAGCAAAUUGAGGAUUUCAACGAGCCAUUUCUUGAUUCCUUGAGACGAUAUGAUGACGGGAUGGAUCUUUCUGAUUAUAAUUUCAGGCAGGAUGGAUUUAGUACUCCUACAGACGAGUUGAACAAGAGAAAGCUUGCAUACAGGCAUCGAGCUGUAGCAAACAAAUACAAAAGGGGUUUACACGAAACCGUUGAUAGUGAUACUAUAAGGGUACUUGAUGAAUUAUAUAACGUAACCGAUGAAUACACAGAUCAUUGGCUAUCCUCAGCACGAUCCUUCUUGGAUCAAUGUUCAAAUGGGAACGGUGAUUCUUCUUCGGACGGGUCAAAUACUGUCAAUCCAAGUUUGCAGAAUGUACAUAUCUUGGUGACUUCUGGAGCUCUGAUCCCUAGCCUUGUGAAGUGCCUGCUUUUUCGUUUGGACACUUUUAUAACUUGUGAUAAUGUGUACAGUUCAUGGGAAGUUGGCAAGCUUCAAUGUUUCAAAUGGAUCGUGGAGCGUUUCAACCGUCCAAAUUACAGGUUCUGCGUUAUCGGGGAUGGAUGGGAAGAGUGUGCGGCCGCUCAGACAAUGCAAUGGCCUUUCAUUAAGAUUGAUCCCCAACCCGGUGGCUUCCACAGAUUCCCUGGCCUAACGCCAAAGACUGUGAGCUACUACUUUUCCGCCGUAUAUGGGAACUCUGAUGCGGAUACUGAAAAAGGGUAAGUACCCAAAAACUUAUCCAAAUUCUUGAUUUGAUCAUCUGCAAGUAGGGACUGAAAAAUAAACUGUUCUCAAAAAUUGUGAAUGCAAGGAAAACCGAUAAGAGCCUUUCAUUUCAUUGUUAAAACACUAUUAUAUACGCAUCGCCAUGUUCCGCGUUAGUCACAUAA